CUCCUCCUCCUCUAUCACCUCUCUUGCUGCCAUCAUGUCCGUGACCAAAGGCGUCCUCCUCGUAGGAGGUCCAUCAAAAGGGACUAGGAUGAGACCUUUGACUCUUGACUGUGCUAAACCGUUACUGCCAAUAGCUGGCAAGCCUAUGAUAUGGCACCCUCUUUCCGCUCUUGCCAAAGUUCCAGGUUUGACGGAAGUCAUCAUUAUCGGUUUCUACGAAGACUCCGUUUUGAGCGGCUUCAUCAAAGAUGCCAAACGCGAAUUUCCCAACAUUGCCAUUAGUUAUCUUCGUGAAUACCGUCCAUUAGGAACUGCUGGAGGUCUUUAUCAUUUCCGUGAUUCGAUCCUUCGCCCUCCCGUACCACAGAACAUCUUUAUCUGUAACAUUGACAUAUGUUGCAGUUUCCCCUUCACGGAGAUGUUGGAAUUUCACAGUAAGCAUCGAGGUGUGGGUACCAUCUUAACUGUCAAGGUCAAACGUGAAAUUGCGACGCAUUACGGUUCCAUCGUCCAUGACCCUGCCACUUUACAAGUGUUGCAUUAUGUUGAAAAGCCUGAAGGCUGGAUCUCUGACAUGGUUAACGGGGGAGUCUAUCUGUUUGAUAGAUCCCUGUUCGAUGAGAUCAAGGAAGCAAUGGCAGACAAGACGGCUAGAGCAGCUGAGGACCCGCUCGUACAGCCAGAUGACAUGCAAAAACUAGCUUUGGAAACCGAUGUCAUUGUGCCCCUAGCCGCCAGCAAGAAGAUGUACGUCUAUGAAUGCAAAGAUUUCUGGAGGCAGAUCAAGACUGCAGCUUCCGCUGUGACAGCCUCUUCACUAUAUCUCUCUCGAUUCGCCAAGACCGCGCCGGAACUUCUUGCUCCCUCUGGCCCUACCAUCAUCUCUCCUGCUUUUGUCGAUCCUACCGCUCAAAUCGCACCUACUGCCAAGAUCGGCCCGAACGUCGCUAUAGGACCUCACUGUCAAGUUGGCGAAGGGGUCAGAGUCAAAGACGCCAUAAUCCUCGAAGGCUCAACUCUGGAUCAACAUUCAUGUGUGUUGAAUAGUAUCGUGGGGAUGAACUGUCACAUUGGUCCAUGGGCACGAGUAGAUGGGUCUCCCGAACCUGAGUCAGGGGUCAAGGGGCAGAUCAGCGUCACGAUCCUUGGAACCGAAGUGACAUUGACUCCCGAGACACACGUCAGGAGUUGCAUUGUACUUCCCAACAAAUCAUUGAAUAAAAGUUCUGCCAACCAGGUCCUUCUCUAAUACUUUCCCAAUACUCUCACUUUUGAACAAACACAAUCGUGGGAUCAUAUAUCAUCGACGACAUACAAUUUUGGCUUCACGAAUGCAUCACUGGACUAUAGACAUUC